AUGCCCUACAUCAUCGACAUGAACUCCGUAGAGUGGCCAAGUCCAUAUCUACAAGCCAAAGUCGAUAUUGAUCCAUAUCAUCGCGAGCUGACUUCGACGCCACAGUACCGUACCAGUCGAACCAGCAACCGUCAGGUCCGGAACCAGGCUGUGGACCAUGAUGUCUUCGAAGGUCUACCCGUCCGACACUGGCGGAAGAGACCCGUCAAUGUCCACACAGCCCCGGAAAAAGAUGCAGCGAAGGCACCGAGUAUUAUCGAAAACGGGUACAGGGAGCUUCCCCUACCCCGCGACUUCAACCUGCUACCUGAAAACAGCCAGGCCCUUCUGAGAGCGGCCCGAAUGGGACUCCGGAGUAAACCUGAAACAACGGAAGAUGAUAAGGAAAUAGAAGAAAGCGAGCCCGUCGCAGGCAAUGAGGAGACGGGCUUCCUUAUGCACAAGUGGACACUGGUCCCGCGGGAACACGAAGGAAUAGAGCCAGAGUACCUUGCAAAAAGAAGAAAAGGGCUCCCAUCCGUAUAUAGCGGAGGCGCUUUGAACGGAGACACAACCUACAUGCGAAAAACCAAGGUCAAGAAGGUCGAUACAGAUGGAACCACUUCCAUAUGGGAGGUCUUGGUUCCAGAGGGUCACACGAUCGACAAUGAGGUCCUUGAAGAUGAGGCUGACGCCAAUCCGGCGCCUGCACCGGGAACUAUCGUCGAGGGUGUCGGCAUUGUUAAUGCAGAGGGCUUAGUCGUAGCCGGCGAACAGACUGCACCCGUUUCGAAUAGGAGAAAACCGCCAAUUCCAAAAAAGAAGAAAAAGCAUGGGCCGGGUCGAGGCCGAAAGAAAGUCUCUACGCCAGCUCCAGGUGAAUCUGAAGGAUCAAAUACUAACGGUCUUGGUCGAGAGAAUGGUCAUGCAAAAGAUCGGACAGAUUUGGCGGUUCUGGGUGAAGACGGCCAGGCCGCGAACGAAGAAGAUUCUGUCAUGCUGGAUGCAAAUCAGGAUGACGAUGAGGGAACUGAGGAGGGCAGCGACAUCGAGGACGGUGAUGACGACCGUGAAGACGGGGAACUAUCACCUACUCCCGAGGAGGUGCCUGCAAUUCAGAUUGACCCGCCCAAACAAGAGGACAUGCCCAGGGCAAAGAGUGCCACACCUCCACCAGUGUCUACCCAACCUCACCAAGAUACUGAGCUACCACAGGGAAGCUCCAUUGCAGAAGUAGGUAACAUUGCUUUCGAAACACAGCCGGACGAAAGGCCUGUGACGCCGUCCCAGCCUGCUCAGGAUCUUGCCCAGCCAGGGUUCAUACCUGGGCUUUACCCAGAGGCUCAUACACGGCGUGAUGCUCAUGACCUUGCACAAGUCGAUAUUGAGACCACGGUCAGUACGCCACAUGAGCCCUCAACAUUGUCGGAGGCACCUAAAGCCGUCGAUGAAAUCGACAUCUCUUCUCCUGUCAAUCUUGGAGGUGGAGAAGUAGAACGAGUGUCAGCAUCUGCUGAAGUGGAGGAAAAUCGAACUUUACCAUCACUUGCACUGCAAGUAGACCUGCCGCAAGCCAGUUUGCAGUCGAUAGUGUCAGAAGAGCCACAGCCAUCACCAAUGACAGCUGUCGCCCCUAUUCUACAAACAGCCUCAACUCCUAGUGAAAUAAGCCCUCUCGCUGCACAAUUAUCUGCCGGUGUUCCAGACAUAAAAAGCCCGCCGCCAAUUCCACUUACGCUGUCGAAAUUCCCUGAACCUCCAUCCGCACUACCAGCAAGACCGCCCUCACCACCGCCGCCACCUCCCCACCAACAACAGCAACAACUACAACAACAGCCACACCCACCUCCAUCAGCUACUUUGGAACAAUAUCGGAGACCUUCAGGGUCCACGCCGCAAGCUCCAACUCCAUCCCCACCGACUCCUAUAGAAACCACUUUUGAAAACCCCUAUCAGGGUCUAAGUCCAAAAGCUCCGACAAUGAGCCCACCGACACCUAUCCCAGCAGAUCUAGAUUCCUCACCAGAAACUGCGCUUGCUGAUAAGCAAUCGAAAUACUCAGAUCCGCCACCGCUGUCCCUUGAUGAAGCUCCUCGGCCACCUCCACCAAUGGCUAUCCCUGGAUUACAACCAUAUGUACCAGAGCAGAGAAUAGAAGUCCAGGCGGCACCUCCUGUAAAUAACCCGAGCUUUGAUGCGGAAAUUCCACAUGCUCAUGAUCCCUUGGAUGGCCUCGCUGCUCCAGAAGUCCCAUCCGACGAUCGUAAACUCGACGCGUAUCAAUCGAGAACUGAAAUCGACGUCGAAGCUGCUCCAGAAAUUCGUAGCCCAAAAAUUGACGCUGAGAUUUUACACGGACACAAUCCACUUGAUGGGCUAAGACCUCCUGAAAUACCUCCCGAUGAGCUGAAGCUAGACCAGCAGCAACCAGGAGCUGAUGGCAUAGUGAGAUUUGAAGACGGUGACGAGGAUUUGCUUGGAACGCACGAGAGGAGCUUGCAGGACAAGCGAACCUAA